CUUUUUCACUUCUGACAUUACUAUUAGUAUCUUCAGGAUUGAUUUUAUUUAUAUUAUAAAUAAAAAGUUUAUAAAAAUGAUAAUUCAAGAAAUGAGAGGGGUAUAGACUUGUAAUUUAAAGCAAGCCAUGUCAACAAAUGGUAAUGGAGGCAACUAUGCACCUUUGAAACAAGUAUUGUCAGAUUCCGAAUCUGAAGACGAUCGUAAGUUAGAAAAUGCCGCUCAUAUCAAAAAUGCUGAAACUUGCAAUAACUUGGAUUACAAUAGCGGUCUUCAGUCUUCGAAGAACUACAGUAUGAGUGACAUUGAUGAUUUAAAUACUAACUUAAAUACAGUCGAAAGUACAAUGGAUAACGUAAGUUUCUUGCAGUCAGACAUGUCUAAUACAAUGACUCUUCAACGACGUUGUGCUUUUGUCACAUCAAUUGUUGUUUGUAUUUUCACUAUUAUUAUAUUUCUGUGGGGGAUUCCCUGUACAGAUGUGGGUAGCUGCUCCAAGAAUGGAUAUCAGGAUAAAACAUCGAACUGGGAACUUCCAUAUGAUGAGAUCGAAUUAUCGGGAGCGGUUCAAGUCGUUGAUGGCGCUAUCCCUCACACUAAAAACCUUAUCUUCAUAUAUCGUGGAAACCACAUGGUUAUCGAAAAGAGUAGCAACGACAAUGUCAACGGAGUCCUUUUAAUAGUGGGUACUACGGGGAAAGUGGGCUGGUACACGCGAGAAGCGAGAAUUCCUACAGAAAUUAAUUGCCAUUUAAUUGAUGUGAACAGAGACAAGCAAAAGGACUGUAUACUAUCAGGCUCUGAGGGAUUACUUGCAGCAUUGAAUCCACUGUCUGGAACAUAUUAUUGGUAUAUACAUAAGCAUGGAAAGGUUUUCAGUAAUAUUGCUGCAAUAGAUUUUCCGAUCGUCAUGAAGGAUAUAGAUAAGGAUAAGAUUAAUGAUCUCUUGACAGUAGCUACCGUCUUCCCCAAUACCAAACACAACUCUUUGAUAAUUAUAUCUGGUGCAAGUGGAAACAUAAUUGGGGAUCCAAUGACAUUACCAGAGUGUGUUACUGUAAAACUUUUAAAUGAAAAUGAUCCCAUAUCAUAUCUCUGUAAAAAUGGUACUUCAGAGGCAUUAAGGCACAUUGAUAACCACUUGCUGUAUGAGAAAUUGCUGAAAUUGGACCAGUCGUCCAACCCUUCGCCACCCAUAUCCAUAGUCACUAAAAGGGUAAAUUACAGCCUAAAAAAGAGUGUUGGUAAUACCAGGGAAAUAUUUACGAAUGGCCCCGGCAAACUUAAGGUCGAAAACUCUGGCGAAUGUCCCAAUUCAUGCCGCGUUAAUAUAAAACUAUUGCUCGAGAGGAAUGGAACAACAAAUGUCAGUUGGGAGUAUUCAGCGAACCAUGUAUAUGCCAUGAGGCCCAGCUCAUUCUCAUUCUCCAACUCAAUAAGGGGAUUUGUAUUGAAAUUAUGACAGUGGAACAGUGCACAUCUAGCCGAGGGUGCACUUAAAAUAGAUGAAAUAAGAUACAACGUACCAAACGACAGCCCCAAAAAUACUCACGACAUUUUCUACUACCGACCUCACAUUAACAUUGCCUCUAUGUCAUCAUUCAUCAAGUACACAAACUUCACAGCGCAUGAUAUUUCCGAGCGGAUUGUUUUAGUUUCAUUCAAUAAGUUGCAGUCUUAUGUACAUGUAAAUGUUAGCCAGACGGAUAUAAUCCAAAUAUGUGUGAGGGGAAAAACUAAUUCCAGCACACCAUUGCCAAUUUGUCAGCCGGAUUUAGAUUAUCAGGAGCGUUCAUUGACUAUAGCCGACCUCGAUGGAGAUCAGUCUCACAAACUGAUAACGUACUACAGCACAUUUAUCCCACCGGACAACUUUACACCAAAGAGAUCUAAUUUGAAUCAUCACUGGCGUUUGACUUCAAUCGUCAGAGUGAUCCGUCUGGAAACGGAAUUGCCAAAGUUAUUUGUAGCUGAGAAUUAAAUAACCAAUAAAUGUAAGCAAUGUAUUUGGUACAUUUUUACAAAUAUUCAUGCUUGCUGUAUGUAGCUCUAAUGUCUAGUCAUAUAUUAUAUAAAUACAUGUGUCCUUCUCUUGAAUCUCACUAUCCUAGUGGUUUAUCUAAUCCAUUGUAUUAAGGAUUUCUCUUUAAUGUUUCAAAUAUGUGUUCAGUGUUUAAAUGAAUAUCAAAAAUGUAUAGAUUAUUAAGAAAAUAAAUCGUCAUUAGGACGUCUCUAGUAUUUAUGUUAUUAAAGAUUUUAUUUAGUUUUUACUGAAAGUUGUUAUUUGUAAAAAAAAACCAUUAUUUAUAUGUAUAUAAAAAAUCAUCGUUAUUUUGAAUUUUAAAACGUAUUUACAUUGCAUAUAAAUGUUUUAUCUCUCAGCGUUUUAUGUCAGAGGAUUUAACAUAGGUACAUGGUUCUGAUGCGUCAGCUUUCUAUCAAUAAAUUUUAUCUAAUAAAACUGUCAUAGACUUGUGAUCAUUAUUUGUAAUGUUAAUGAUUUUUUUAAUCUUUAAUAAAAAGUAAUAUCAAGCGAA